UUUAACACACACACACACACACAAAUUGAAUCUCUAAGUAAAAUUUCCUGAAACACACAGUUAAAAAAUAAAAUACAGAAUGUCGCUGUUUAUGGCCGGUUUGAUCCUGGCCCUCGUCUUGCUGCUGCACAGCGAACAUCCUGUCGAUGCGGAUGCCUAUCAUACCAUAUUCAAACAUGACGAUUAUCCCAAUAAGUGCUUUCUCAAAUUGCCCAAGGGCGGUAAAUUGCUGAUCAAUUCGGAUCAGUACGCACGUUAUCCUGGCAAGUGCGCUGAAAUUUAUUGUGGCCGCAACAGCUGGGCCUUGGUCUAUACCUGUGAGCCGAAGAAUCCGCCCCACGGCUGCGAAUAUGGCGAACAUGAGAAUUUCGAUGCUCCCUUCCCCAAAUGCUGUCCACGCCGUGUUAAAUGCAAUACUGUCAAGUAAAAUCUAUAUUAUUUGGCUUAGUUUAAGUUUUUUUUUUCUCGUCAAAUUUUGCGUUGCUACUUUAAAUCAAUAAAAAGUAGAAAAAUUAUAAAAAAAUUAAA